AUGGUGGAAGAAUUCAAGGUGGCCAAGUGUAGAUUGGUUAUGACCCUGAAGGACUCCAAAGACAUCAAGGUACAGAAAGCUGGAGUGGUCACAAGGACAGGCCGGAAAUGGUCAGCUGGUGCUACAGUUAGCAAAGCUGAAAAUACGCUGGAGUUACAAGACAUCGUGGGAAACAUCUGUGUUUGUAGACGAGGAUUGGGAGUCGAUCACUUCCAGCAGUGGAGCAUAGCAGAAGGAAAGGAAAAGAGAGACAGAAUUGUAUCUGUGGUGAGAUCAGAGGAGGAACAGCAACGCAAAAGUAGAGCAGUUGAGUUAGGACAGCAAGGAUCAUGGACGCGGUGGAAUCUUCCGGAACGCAAGAUUCCAUGGACAGACUUGUGGAAAAUGGAACCUCUCAGGAUAUCCUUCAUGCUCAGGUCUGUGUAUGACACACUGCCAAGCAACUUGUGUAGGUGGGGUCUUCUGGAAGAUCCAGCUUGUUCCUUGUGCGGUGGAAGAGGCACAAUUGCACAUAUCCUAUCAGGCUGUAGAGUAGCCCUCCAGCAGGGACGGUACAGAUGGCGUCAUGACCAGGUUCUAGCUGCCCUAGCAGAUAUUCUGGAAAAGGAGCGGCGUCAUAAGAGGUCACUGAUAGAACCUCGUAAACCUCACAUACAGUUUGUGAGAGCUGGAGAGAAGGGACCACCAACUACUACUGCAUAUCAUCGCCAGAAGGUCAUCUUGGUGGAGCUGACGGUUCCAUGGGAAGAAGGGUGUGAUGAGGCACAUGAGAAGAAAGCUGGCAAAUACCAAGAGCUUGCAGAGCUGUGCAGACAUAAGGGAUGGAACACAUGGCUGUUUCCAGUAGAGGUCGGUGCCAGAGGAUUCCCUGCACAGUCAGUAUGGAGGAUGUUCCAGAAAUUGGGACUGACAGGAGCAAAGAGGAAAGCAGCUAUUAAGACCUUGGCUGAAAGGGCUGAGAGAUCAUCAUGCUGGCUUUGGUGUAGACGAGAUGAGCCAAACUGGAGCCCAGACAACAGCAAGCAGUGA